AUGUCUGAACCUACACGUGUCACUUUCAAACUGGGUGGUUUCAAGCGACCUGCUCUGAACAAUCUGGUACCAGCAACCAGUCAGUUUGACACAUCGACAUCCAAUACAGAUGAUCAACAAUUAGAACUUGUAACCGGUUUUGACAAUGGUGAACUCAAAGGCAAUGCACCAGUUGUAAAAAAGGAAGAAUUAGUUAUACCUAGUCAACCAAACGCUCAUAAUCAAUUUUUCAAAAUGAAAAUAGAAAGUAAAAAGAAGAUGACAUCAAAUGGAACGGAUAUGAGUCAAUUAGAAGAUGAAGCCAAACGUGCACUCAUUCUGGAUGCCCAAGCAGCUAAUGAAGCUUGGAAUGAACGAAAUGAGAACGGACCAGUUCGUGUACAUACAAUCGAACAAGAUUCAGCGAACACGUUUAUGAUUAACACGGACGAAGAAGCCAAUGCAAAGGAACCCGAAGAAGAAAAAGAAGUUGAAAACGCUGAUUACGAACAGGUUCCAAUCGAAGACUUUGGAAUGGCUGUCUUACGUGGCAUGGGUUAUAAAGAAGAUUCCGGCCUUGGUAUAUCAAAUAAGAAACAAGUCGAUGUUUUUGUUCCCGAAAGUCGUCCUCGCGGUCUUGGUUUAGGUGCCGAUCGAAAAGUUUUAGAAAAAAUUAAUCAAUUGAAACGUAAUUUAAAAAAAGCUGGCAUUGACGAAAAAGAUGAUUUAUGCUUUGAAAAAGGAGCUUUUGUUCUUAUUGAGAAAGGUCCUCAUCAAGAUUUGUAUGGUACAAUUGAAUCCAUUGAUGAAGAUGUUACUCGUUUAACCGUUUCAUUAGCUGUUAGUGGUACAAACAAGAAGAAAGAAGUCAUAUCGAUAUCACAGUACAGCGUUAAAUUAGUGACAGAAAAGGAAUUUCUCAAAUAUAGCAAAUAUGUCAAUAAAUCCAAAGCUGAUCGGGUGGACAAAGAAACAAGUGAACGUCUGAUCAAAGAUUACCAUCGAUCUGAGACGAAGAGCACUAGUUCUGGUGACGAUCGCGACCGUGAACGUGAUCAUAAACAUCAUCGUUCAUCUAAAAAUGAUGACCACGACCGAAAGCAUCAUCGACAUCGAGAUGACGACAGAAAUCGAUCAAGACGGCAUUAA